AUGAGGACAGUCUUCCUGCCCUGUGCAGCGGCCGCCCUGUUUCUGCUGGGAUGUGCGACGGCUUCGGGGGACGCGGGACAGGAACCAGUCCUGCAGGUUCGGAUUAUCAACUUUAACUUUGAGACUGUGCGGGUCACAUGGAGCCCGAGACGAUACUCGGGGACAAAUCUGACUUUUGUCUACAAGCUGAGUAGCGAUGAGGCCAGUCGCCCAUGCUGCAACUACAUCGUUCACGAAGGCCACACUGCCGGCUGCCUCCUGGAGGCAAGGAAGGACGAAAUCCUGUGCUUUUCCCUUGGGAACGGAACGGAUGUCCUUUUCCGAAAGUGCGAGUGGAUAAGCGCGUACCUGAAACCCAGCUCCCCAGAAGAUUUGAGUUUCCGCUGGCAUGAAGACGCUGUGACGGUCACCUGUUCUGACCUGCCCUACAAGCGUCUUCUCUACGAAAUCCAAUACAAGAGCAUAUUCGACACGGAGUGGCAGUCAAAGGAGGGUGAAACCUGCAAUGUUACGAUGCAAGGCUUGGAUUCUGAGAAAUGUUAUUUCUUCCGGGCCAGAGUCAAAACACUGGAGUCCAGCUACGGCUCUGACACUUACCCAAGUGACUGGUCCAAGGUGACACACCAGCAGAGGGGCGAGCUGAGAGAUUCAUGCCAGGACAAAAAGCUUUUCCCCAAAUUUAUUUUAAUUUGUGGUAUGAUUGCCUUGCUGACCGUGUCCCUUCUCCUUCUGUCUUUAUGGAAAGUACGGAGACUUCACAAGUGCCUCAUGCCCAGCGUGCCCGAUCCCAAGCUCACCUUCCCUGGGCUCUUUGAACUGCACCGGGGUAACUUCCAGGAGUGGAUCAAGGAUACACAGAACGUGUCCCACGUGGCCAAGACGGAGGCCACGGAGCAGGAGUGUGUCCCCGAAGAGACCCUCGUUGUCCAGCUACAGAAGGCCGAGGCCGAGAUGCCCAUCGUGACGACUGGCCCGUUGUGCCCUCCAGUGGAGGGGGAAGAGGCCUCCGGGGACACCAGCCUGGUUGCGUGCCAGCCCCCACAAGGGGGCGAGGUGGUCUCUCUGGGGGGCUUCACGUUUGUGAUGACUGACAACUCAUACAUGCUGUUAUGAGGGGGUGCAAACUCAAAACCCAACAUUGGGGCCUACAUUGACAUUAUAGCAUCUGAGGGACUCAGUACGACCACCAAGGGAACACCAACUAUGCCAGCGUGUGUGGCGGGGGUGGGGGGCUCACUGAGAACCCUAACCGCCCAGCCAGGUCACUCCGUGUGUCAGCUUUCCGCCCACGCAUGGUG